AUGGUCAUGGUGGCGCAUCUCAUCACGGCCAUUAUGGAAGAGGUAGCCAUGGCGGCUACCACUUUGGAGACGGCUAUCACGGCGCGGGAGGCUGUACAGCCAGCCACAGGGUUUCCUGAGCCUGAGCGGCAUCGCGAGGCCGUGAAGGUGGCAGAUGUGUCGUUGGGUGCUGUUGAACGAGAUCACAAGAUCCAGGGCCAGGAUGAAUACAACUCGCCAAAUUCACAGCUCUCCUUAGCUCAGCUGGAAGAGCGAUAG